GUAACUUAAAAUUUUUAUCUUCUCCCCCUUUUUUUUUUAUAAUCAGUAAAUGGUAUUUCCUUCAAUCAUUGUUUCCGCCAAAACAAAGCAAACCGCUACUGUUCUAUGGCUUCAUGGUCUUGGUGAUACAGGUGCUGGAUGGUCAUUUUUAGCUGAAGAACUUUCAAGCCUUUUUCCCUAUAUUAAAUGGAUUUUCCCUAAUGCUCCAAUUAAGCCUGUUACUUUAAAUAAUGGAUAUCCUAUGCCCGCAUGGUUUGACAUUACGGGUCUUGAUAAAUCACAUUUAAAGCAAGAAGAUGAAAAAGGAAUGCUUGAUUCUGUAGCUUCAAUGAAUCAAAUUAUUCGUGAUGAAGUUAACAGUGGCAUCCCAAGCAAUCGUAUCAUUGUUGGAGGUUUCUCUCAAGGAUGCGUCCUUUCUUUAUUAACUGGGUUGACCUCUGAAUAUAAAUUAGGUGCAAUUAUUGGUUGUAGUGGAUGGCUUGGUUUGUCUAGUAAAUUUUCUAGUUUGGCUUCUGAAGCAAAUAAAAACACACCCAUUCUAAUGUGCCACGGCGAUAAUGACCCCGUUGUUUUACCUCAAUAUGGUAAAGAAUCCGCAGAGUUACUUCAAACUCUAGGUUAUAAUGUAACACGUAAAACAUAUCCUGGUCUUCCUCAUUCAGCAAACGAUACUGAAAUAAGGGAUAUUGCUGAAUUUAUUAAAAAACAUAUUCCGCCAACACUUUAAAUAUAAUAAACUUAAUAGAAUAAAGCCCUUUUUUUUUUAAAACAAAAAUAAUGUUAUGAUUAACCCUCAUAAUGCAAAUAUAACAUAGUGUUAUAUUAUCCCUUAAAUAAUUGCUCUAUUAUUUACUGAUAUACAAUACCUAUUAUCAUACAUACUAUUUCGGUACACUCAUGCAUAUAUAGUGUUGUUCGCUUUUUUUUUUUUUUU